UUGAGCUCGAAAAACUACGGAUGACACACAGCUCUACACAUUCUGGUUACAAGCAGCAUACAGCCAAUGCGUACGUACAAACAAGUGUAUCUAGAGAGAGAGACACGCACACACACAUUCACAAAUAUAUAGGAGAGAGAGAGAGAGAACACACACACACAGAGGUGGCCCCAGCAGCUAUUUCUAUGGCUGACCGACUUUGAAAUUAAGAGAUAAAGAGAUAGGACGUAGAAGGGGAAGCUUAAUUGCCAGAGAGAGAGAGAGAGAGAGGAGUUUGGGUUGUUAGAAAAAGAGAGGAAAUAUUCUCUUUAGCUUUCAAUGGUAUUUUUUGGUGUUUUUCUCUUGAAAUCAAACAAAGGCUCCAGCAGAUCUGUGUGAGCUAGCGCAACACUCCGAAAGUCUUUCUUCUGUAUUGUAUUCUUGUGGUGUGUUUCUCGGAUUCAAAACGGUAUUAGAAAUAUAAUUUUUUCUCUUGUGUGUUUUCGUCUUCUUACUUUCUUCUUCUUUUGAAUAAUACCAAAGCAUUCAUCUGUUUGUAUUUGGAGAGCUUCUUUGUUUAUUUUGUUUUGUAGCAGCACUGCUAGCUCAAACCCUUUGUUUUUUCCCCUCCCCUCCCCUUCUCCGAAUUCAAACCUACUUAAUCCAAUGAUGUCUGGUGAUGUGUUUUCUGUUCCCAAUUCCCAAACAAACCCUAACUCCAAACCCCCCUCUUCUGCAAAAAAGCGAAGGAAUCUUCCCGGCACACCAGAUCCAGAUGCAGAAGUCAUCGCUCUUUCUCCAAAGACGCUUAUGGCGACGAACCGAUUCAUCUGCGAAAUCUGCAACAAAGGUUUCCAGCGAGACCAGAAUCUGCAGCUGCACAGGAGAGGGCACAACCUUCCAUGGAAGCUGAAGCAAAGAUCUAACAAAGAUCAAAUCAAGAAGAAGGUGUACAUCUGCCCGGAGAAGAGCUGCGUGCACCACGAGGCCGCUCGGGCCCUGGGCGACCUCACCGGAAUCAAGAAGCACUUCAGCCGCAAGCACGGCGAGAAGAAGUGGAAGUGCGAGAAAUGUUCCAAGAAAUACGCAGUUCAGUCCGAUUGGAAGGCUCACUCCAAGACCUGCGGUACCAGGGAGUACAAAUGCGACUGCGGAACUCUCUUUUCCAGAAAAGAUAGUUUCAUCACGCACCGCGCCUUCUGCGACGCGCUGGCGGAGGAGACCUCCAGGGUUACUACCAACAAUUUGAGCUUCAGGAAUGAUUUGGGUGGGAAUAUCAUCAAUCCGCAUUUCCGGCCCGACUUCGCCGGAAAUUCCAUUAUGGGGGAUCACCAGCAGCAGAAGCCCAGGCUGUCGCUUUGGUUGGAUCAGGCCAACUCUCAGCUCAAUCAAAUAGAUCAUAAUUCCAACAUGUUCAUGCCUAAUUCCAGCGGCUUGACCGACAUCAUUCAAAUGGCGUCCAACAACCUAUUCGGCUCCAAUCCAUCCUACGCGAAUCUAUCGUUAUCCCCGCAAGGGAUGAAGGAGGAGCCGGUCAGCAACAAAGCAGCAGACACCACCAUGGCGGAUUCCCUGGCUUCCCUCUACUCCGAUACCCAAAAACCCUCGCCCAUGUCCGCCACCGCGCUGCUGCAGAAAGCGGCUCAGAUGGGCUCCACCAAGAGCGCCCCGACCUUCUUCGGCAACACGGUCGGGGUCAUGAACUCGUCUUCGCCGACCUCCUCGUCCACCAACACGCUGCCUUUCGCCACCAACAGAAGCGAGCUGCAUCAGGUGUUUGGGCGCCAGCAGCCGGAGAAUCCCGCCGCCAAUGCAAAUGCGAUGAUCAAUUUCAACAAUAAUAGCCUGGGGGCUAAUUCGGUGAGCUUGCAUUCGGGAUUGCAUGGUUUCACGAGGGAUUUUCUCGGCAUGGGCGGAGACGGCGCCGCCGCCGGGCCGUUUCUGCCGCAGGAAUUGGCUAAGUUCGCUUCGAUGAAUCCGGCUAUGGGGCUCACCCACUUUACUAGCAAUCACUAGCACCAAUCUGCGCCUUUUCUUAUUUCUUUUCUUUUUUUUUUUCCCUUCCUUAAUUUUAGUUUUUUGAUUUUUUGUUUGUACCAUAUAAUAAUAAUGAUAUUGUUGAAGUCCUAAA